UCCUGGAAACCCGGCCUCCUUCACGUUUGGCGCCAACUGUAUGCUUCGUUCAAACAUGUCAGCAUCACAGUUCACAAAACUCUAAUCAUUUUCAACUGCCGUUGUCUCUUUCACACCAGUCAAGUUCUUGGACUUGUCUGCCACUCCCUCCCAAACCAUGGCCUUUUUUAUGCUCUCACUCACCACCCCACCUUCUCUUCCUCCUCCUCCAUCUUCCUCGACCUCAACCACACCACCAAACCAAAAAUCAACGGCAAGGACAUGGCUCUGGUCGGUCAGGUCGCCACGGUGGCGCAGCUGGUGGGUCUCGACGCGUACAGCCUCAUCACCAUGAUCGCCGACGCCGCGCGGACGGUGCGCCGGAACCGCGCCACCUGCCGGCAGCUGGCGCGGCGGGUGGAGAUGAUCGGCGGCCUGCUCCGGCGGCUCCAGGACGCGCACCCGAUGCGCGCGCCGGAGACGCGGGCGCCCGUGGAGGAGCUCGAGGAGACUCUCCGGCGGGCGUACCUGCUCGUGCGCUCCUGCCAGCGGCGCGGGUACGCGUACCGGUGCUUCAUGGGGGCGCGCCACGCCGACGAGCUCCGGGAGGUGCAGGGUGAGAUCGGCUUCUACCUCCAACUCUUCCCCCUCGUCAGCUACGUCGACGCCACGCUCAACUGGGUGAGGCUCCUCGACAAGGCCGGUGAGAAUUCGUCGUGCCAAGAGGCACCUGUGGUAAGACCAUGUCUUGUGCCGUUCCUAUUUCUCUCGUGCGAUGGAUGCUGCUUAGCAAUUGUUCAGGGAGUAUGCCUUGGUAAUUGGCAUAGUACUGACACGGUUUACACCUCCUCUUCUAAUUUCUUCUGAUGCACAUAUCCAUAAAAUUUUUCAAGUGUCGCUACAUGGUACGGACUUAAUUCUUUCUCAUCUUAUCACUUGACACACUAACAAUGAUCUAGCUAGCACCCUGUUUUUUCUUUGGGAACAGCUAGCUAGUAUGCAAUUGUUGGCCCUCUUUGUCAGAUUUACUAGCUGUCAAAUUCAGGUGAAAAUGCAUUCAUAUGUGCCAAAUAGGUAUGUUGGAAUUUUCUUUCCAUCAUGGGAUGAUAAAAUCAGAUUUACUACCUGACCAACUCUUGGGUGUUGUUUUUACCGCUCGAGAGUUUUCGGAUGAUCUGUUUGCACCUGUAGCUUACCUUCUGGUUCAUCAGGACAACAAAGUUCCAGGGUCAUCGCAGGCUCCGAUGCCGACACAGUUGGUGCAGCCCUUGAGCCUCCCACCACUGAAGGAGGAGUAGGGCAACAUAUGACAUUUACCCUUGACAUGCUCAAUUUUUUAGAUUUUCUGACACAGAGCAACCCUUGCUGCUGUAAGGUGUUGAGACGAAAUACGAGCUCUGAAAGAGAAAUAAGGAUCAAAUUUAUUGUCAUCGACCAGAAGUGCCUACUACUGCUCUUAAUUCUAUAAGAGAACCAUAAAAAAGUAAAAAAAGGAUAGGUGAAGGCGCGAAGGGCAGUUCGACCAAAACCUUCGUAGUAGAGUUAACAAUUUUCAAGAUGUUCAGACGUGUCUUGAUGUACCCGUAAGAAAAAAGACGUGUCUUGAUGUCAUUUUUGCCUUGCUACUGUGAAUACCGGCGGACGUACUACUACUAUGAGUCUCAGAUUCUUCAAAUCUGUAUAGUGCCUCUUUUUAACUAUUCAGAACUCAGAAUCAUGCAAUUUUCAAAGAUGUCUCUCAAUGUGCACACAAGCUGCUUCUCCGAAGAUGCAACUUGUACAGAGAAUUUGUUCCUGAUUACAUAUAAAGAGAAAGAGAUUCCACGCUU